GCCUCCUAGUCUCUAUGAUCCCGCCCCUGUUCUUCAGGUGAGGUCAACCGCAGUCGGAGGAAGAAGGGGGUGGGGGGAAAAAAGUGACAGGUCUGGGAUUAAAAAAAGGAAGCGACUGCAAUCAUGGCCGAGAAGGAGAACGAGCUGUGCGAGAGUCUAAUUAUCUGGCUGCAAACUUUCAAUACUGCUGCUCCUUGUCAAACUAUCCAGGACUUGACCAAUGGUGUUGCCAUGGCACAGAUACUGCAUGAGAUAGAUUACACAUGGUUUGACGAAGGCUGGCUUUCCCGCAUUAAAGAUGAUGUAGGGGACAAUAAAAGAAUUAAGAUUAAUAAUCUAAAGAAGAUCCUACAAGGAAUUGUUGAUUAUUACCGUGAGUUCUUAGACCAGCCUAUUUCGGAAUUCCUCCUUCCAAACCUAAAUCUAAUUGCAGACCAUUCCGAUGCAACAGAAAUGGGCCGGUUACUUCAGUUGAUAUUGGGUUGUGCUGUUAACUGUGAAAAGAAACAAGAACACAUUCAGGUCAUUAUGACACUGGAAGAGUCAGUUCAGCAUGUUGUCAUGACUGCUAUUCAAGAGUUGAUGAGUAAGGAAACUUUGGAUUAUUCUACAGCUGAUCUAUCAGGAGACAUGGAAAGCCAGCUAAGGAGGACAAUUGAUGCACUACAUGAAGCCCAAGCAGAAAAAGAAGAGCUACAACAACGUUACGAAGAGCUUGACUUACAGGUGGCUGCUCUCCAGGAUGAAAGAAACUGUUUAAUUGCUGAAAAUGAACUUCAGAAUGAAAGACUCAACCAGCUGGAUACAUUAGACGAACCAAGCACUGUGGUGUCAAAGAAAUAUUCUCAAAUGCAAAUGCAGUUAGAGCACAUGAAAGAAGAAAACUACAGACUUGAAGCAGCAAAAGAGGACUAUAGGAUUCACUGUGAGGAACUAGAAAAACAGUUGGUUGAAACACAAAAUAGAAAUGUAGAAUUGGCCAGCCUUGCUGAAGAAUCAAGGGCUUUGAAAGAUGAAAUCGAUAUUCUAAGAGCUACUGCAGAUAAAGCAUCGAAGCUCGAAUCAACAGUGGAGACUUAUCGUAAGAAACUGGAGGAUCUUGCUGAUUUGCGCAGACAAGUGAAAUCUCUGGAAGAUACUAAUUUAGUGUACAUGCAUAAUACUGUAAGCUUGGAAGAGGAAUUAAAGAAGGCAAAUGCUGCUCGUGUGCAGUUAGAAAGUUACAAAAGGCAGGUUCAGGAGCUUCAUAACAAACUUUCUUUGGAGUCUAAACGAGCAGACACAUUGGCUUAUGAGAUGAAAAGUGUUAAGGAAAAGCAGGAGACGCUGUUAAAGGAAAAGGAGAGGCUUUUAGUUCAAUGCUCAGCUCUAAAGGAGACUAAUGAGGAGCUAAGAUGUUCCAUGAUACAACAAGAUCAUCUCAGUCAGUCUGAUGGAGUGAAAAACUUUGACAAUCUAGCUGCAGAGCUUCUGCCUGCUGAAUACCGGGAGAUGUUUAUUAGGCUACAACAUGAAAAUAAGAUGCUGCGUCUACAACAAGAGGGGUCAGAAAAUCAAAAAAUUACAGAUUUGCAGUCCCAGCUGGAAGAAAAGCAGCGCAAGAUGAGUGAACUGGAAACAGAAAACAGAUUAAACAUGGAGCGUGUAGAGGAGCUGCAUUUGCAAGUUGGAGAUCUGCAGAAGACACUGCAGAAUGAAGGGACAGAGGCUGAAACAGCUGGUUCAAGCACAUUGAAAAAAACAAUUGAAGCUCGGAUGGAAAAACUGAAGGAAGUACAUGAAGCUAUUGAGACCAAAAAGGAACUUCUUGCGGAUCUGCAACCAGAUGCAAAUCAGAACACUCAAAGGAUCGAAGAAUUAGAGGCAGCACUGCGCAAGAAAGAUGAGGACAUGAAAGCAAUGGAAGAUCGAUACAAGGUUUAUCUGGAGAAGGCAAAGAAUGUGAUAAGAACUUUAGAUCCAAAAUUAAACCCGGCCUCAGCGGAAAUAAUGCUACUAAGAAAGCAGUUAACUGAAAAAGACAAAAAAAUUGAGUUAUUAGAGAGUGAAGGUCAGCAAGCGAAACUGAGAGAAUACGAGGAAAGACUAAUCGUCACUGCUUGGUAUAAUAAGAGUUUAGUGCAUCAAAAGCUGGCCAUGGAGUCAAGGUUAUCAGGAAGAAGAGGAAUGGAUUGUGAGGCUGGUUCCUCCGGCAGGUCUUUCCUUGCUCAGCAACGCAAUGUGACCAAUGCCAGGAGAACUAUAGCUGUGACUGUACAUCCUACUGCAUCUAACUAAAGGGAAGAAUAUAUAUAUAUAUAUAUAUAUAUAUACAUACACACACUCAAGUGCACUUACUAGGAUUUCUAGCUUCUCUUUCUUACCAUGAAAUAACGUGAUGCAGGACAUCAGCUAGUUAUGUCCACAUUCUGCGAAUUGACGUGUUAUUUUUCUAUUUUUUUCAUGCAAUAUAAUACACUGUUUUUAAGAAUCUGCUGACAAAGUGAGAGGAGGGUAUGUUUUAUUGGACAAUACUUUAAAUUACUAAAGUAAUGUGUGUGUAUAUAUCUAUGCCUUGAGGUGUGUUCUAUAGUAAGAUACUGGCAAAGAAAUCUAUUUCAUUAUUUGUGUUUGCCAAUCAAGAAAAGUGUUACAGAAAUGUUCUGUAAUAUAGUUAUUAUGAGUAAUUAGCUGAUUUGGGCUGAUGUUUUUUUGGUCAUACAAAUGUUUUUGUAUGUAUUUUUUUUUGUUUCUGCAGCUACAAAAUAAGCUUUUUGUUUAUCAGAUUACACAGUAUAGAAAGCCAGUACUUUGCCUAAAAUAAAUGUAUUAACAUUAAAAUAGUGUUAAAAUAACAGGGGACGAUGCAUUUGGAUCCCCCCAUGCCAUCUUAGCUGCUUAUUGAAAUUCUGUGCAUGAAAGGUAUGCAGUCAUUUCUCCAAAUGCAAUAAUCCCUCAACCUCAACCUGCAUCUAUAAAAAUACAUUUUCUUAAUAUGGUUUUCACUCAUUAAGCACUGGACGUGUCCUGUUCUCAUUUACUGGCAGAUUUACUUAAGGGCUAGCAUUAAUUCCCUAGUGUUAUCAGCAAUUUACUAACGGGCACAGGCACCAAUUUGCUAGCGGUCAUUCGCACUCUAUCGCCUGACGAUUUUCGCUUUGGCGAAUGGACGUAACUCCACAAAUUCAUUGAAAUGCGGAUUUUACUGAACGUUACCUCUUUCUCCAGACUUUCCUUUGCCAGCUCAGACCAGGCGAAGUCCUUUGCAGUGCAUAGAUUGUCCUCAGUCUUCUGUUACAUCAUAUUCUGAGUAUAAAAUGCAUCAAAGUCCAAAAAACGCUGGCGUCUUUUCCUUUUUUCAGAGUGAUAGCCUGUAAAAGUCCUAAAAACCGGUUUCCUCCAUACAUUUCCUAACAUAUGGCACAUAAACUAUACAGUGGGCUCAUGUGUAGGGCAUUAUAACAACUCUAUUUUCUUUAUUAAGGUUCCCUGGGAUUGUGUAAUGUAAUGUGUUUGAUGCAACAUAUAGCAUAAAGACGUCCAGCGACCUCUAUCGAAUGUGCACUAGGCAGAAAUGAACGCUAGCGCAACUUCACUUUGAAUUGCUCGCAUUGCCUAAGGAUGAAACUCUGCAUGUUCAUGAAUUAGCGUUGUCUGGGCAGAUUUCCGCCUGGCGAUGUGUUGCGAUAGUUGUGAAGCGGAUGCUGCCCAAUUUUCGCCGGUUAGUAAAUCUUCCCCCUGGGCUGCUGCAUUUAUGUAUAUAAACACUUGGAGGGCUAUUUAUCAAAAUUCUAAUAUGUGAGGUUUUAAAGGUCUUUUCUACUUGAAUUAAAACUCAAAUGUUUGCUCAUUUAUUAAAAAAUUUGAACGAAAAAACUUGAUUGAAUACAAUCAUGGAAAAAACUAAAAUGCCUCAAAUUUGUUGAGUUUACAAGCUCAAAAAAACUUGAAAAAAUGUCUAAUUAAAAAAUGGUUUAAAUUUUGCCUGUAUCAAACAUUCAAAUUUUUGAAAACAUAACUUGAAUUUGUGAGUUUUUGUGCAAAAAAAAAAAAAUUCAAAAUCACCCGCUUACUGUAGCGAGCUCUUAUCUCACACUUUGAUAAAUGUGCCCAUUUGUGACAAUCCAACAAGGCUCUUGUAAUCCCCAAACCUAUCUUCUGCACAUAGUAGGAGAUGAACCAUACCUGGAAAAAUAAGCAUCAUUUACAGUAAGACAAAGUCAUAGAGUAAGUCUAAUUAUUUACUGACAGUGUGUUUAUGGCUUCAGUCGUCUUGUGGCGCUUGCCUAAAUGACCCACAAGCUAGAGGGACACCAUGUACCACCCACCACUCAUGAAUACAGGGCUGCCAAACACUGUCAACAAUGUAUUUAUGGGAGGCAGGUUGUUGUGCACUAUUUUGUGCCUAUGGACACUAUGCAUGGCCAGGGCUGCACUUACUAAAUCAGGCUUUGUGUCUUCUCCAUGUAUCUGUAUGGAUUUCCUCCUGCAAACAUAACCGGAAGAUUAAUAGGUGUCUGAAGACAUUUGCUAGUUAGAAAUGGGUUAACAUAGAAAUCUGUUUGUGUAUGUGACCCUUACAUAAGAAAGGAACAGAAAUCACACAUACAGUAGUGUGUCUGGCCCAGCAGGAUGUUUUGUUGAUUCUUUUUAUUUUUUUUAAAUUAUCUUCGCUCAUGAAACUUGUUUAUUUUAUUGCUGUCUGUACUCUAGAACAUGAAUGUGUGUAUGAGUUGCAAAUACCUGCUGUUUUAAAUGUUUUGUCAACAAUGUAACUGAAAUACCAGAUUUUCUCAUGAUUCUAGUUUUAAACCAUAAUAGAGUUUAAUAAAGUAUUAUUUUACCUUGA